UCGGAUCAUAUCCAACACCCAGCUAAAGUGAUCCUCCCUAUCUUAGGGUUCUUCACUAAGAACCUCCCAAUAAUCAUGCUCUAAGCAAUCUUUGUUGGAGAGAAUAUUCUGGUGGCCAAUGGCCAUGCUCCGACGAAUCGUUUUUACCUCUUCUCUUCGUUCGCAUCUUCUCUUCAUCCGCCACUUCAUUCCCUCUUACCAAUCGUUGCCAUUCUCAACGACCGCCGUUAUCAUCGCCGGCCGCCACUACCUCCGCCGGCUAUCCACUCCAACCGACACUACUGUACGUUGUAUUUCUUCACAAACUUCAUCAGAUCUCGUCUCCGAGCAUCCCCCAUUCGUCAGGAUUUACAAAGACGGUCGCGUCGAGCGUCUCGCCGGCACCGAAACCAUCCCAGCAUCUCUAACUCCACAAAACGGCGUCGUUUCAAAGGACGUCGUAUACUCACCAGGGCAUAACCUCUCCGUCCGUCUCUUCCUCCCUCAUAAAUCCACCGAACUCACCACAUGUAGCAACAAGCUCUCGCUGCUUAUCUACAUCCACGGCGGAGCUUGGCUCAUCGGCUCCCCUUUCUCCCCCAUUUACCACAAUUUCCUCACGGAGGUCGUCAAAACCGCUAAUUGCUUGGCCGUGUCGAUUCAGUACCGCCUUGCGCCCGAGAAUCCAAUCCCGGCGGCGUACGAGGAUUCGUGGUCUGCGAUACAGUGGAUCAUCUCUCAUUCAAACGGGUCUGGUCCUGUAGAUUGGAUCAACAAACACGCCGACUUCAACAGAGUUUUUCUCGCCGGAGACAGCGCCGGCGGAAACAUGGCCAAUCACAUGGCCAUUAGAGCCGGCAAGGAGAAGCUUAACGCAAGAAUCAAAGGGACUGCGAUCGUGCAUCCAGCUUUUUGGGUGAAAGAACCGAUCGACGAGCUUGAUUUGCAAGACGGAGAAGCGAGGAGGCGAGUUGCUGAAGUUUGGGAGAAGCUGGUUAGUCCGAAUAGCGUAGAUGGAGCGGAUGACCCGUGGUUUAAUGUAGUCGGAUCCGGGUCAGAUUUUUCGGGUUUAGGAUGUGAGAAGGUUUUGGUUGCGGUUGCUGGGAGAGAUGUGUUUGUGCGGCAAGGUUUGGGGUACGCGGAGAAGCUGAAGAAGAGUGGGUGGAGAGGAGAUGUUGAGGUGAUGGAGGAGGAAGAUGAAGAUCAUUGCUUUCAUCUCUUAAACCCUUGUUCUGAAAAUGCUCCCAGAUUCAUGACCAAGUUUGUCGAGUUUAUUACCGGUUGAUAGAGUAGUAGAUCGUGAAUAAAACUGUUUCUCGACCUCAUGUCUUAAAGAUUGAAAAUUAUUCAAGACAGACGCAUUACGCAUGUCUGUUACCUAUUAAAGAUUACACAGCAAAGCCGAAACUGUCGUUGAACGAUAAUAAUAAACCUCAAAAUGUUUUAUGCCAAGAUUGAUGUUAUAAAAUUCUACGAUUAGAUCUUGGCCCGCACGACCGUGCGGGUUUUUUUAGUAGUAUAAUAUUUU